CAGAAGGCAGGAUUUUAACCACGUGGAUUUUCUGCGCGUCGGGGCCUUGAAGAAACUGAAUCGACUUUCCCCUCUGCUGAAGUCGAGUAAUUUCCGUUGCGGUUCUUAUUGUUUUGCACACAAUAACUUAGGUACUGUUUAAGGACAUAUUUGCAGUAACAACUUAAUUAUCUUCUCGAGUCUUAAGCGUUGAGAGACCACAUUCUAUGCAUGCAAAGCGUAAAGCGUUCACUUCCGCGAUAACUCUGCUCUGUCAAUGUUGUAGGUCUUGGAAGAGAUGGCCUCGGGGACGGCUCUGCUCUACGAUGAGGAGAUGACCCGCUACCAGCUUCUCUGGGACUAUCCAGCGUGUAAGAUCGAGUCUCCCGAGCGGCUCACGGUGAGUCACGAAGCGCUGCAGACCACGGGCCUGAGCGGACGCUGCGUCUCCCUGCCUGUCCGCCAGGCCACGGAGGAUGAGAUCCUGCUGGCCCACAGCCAGGAGUAUCUGGAGUCUGUGAAGAAGACCCCUUCCAUGAGCCUGGAGGAGCUCGUUACGUUCACUCAGCAGUAUGGAGAUGUCUACUUUCACCCAAACAUUUACCACUGCGCCAAGCUGGCAAUCGGCGCCACGCUGCAGCUGGUGGAUGCCGUGAUGACUGGAAAGGUGAGGAACGGCAUGGCGUUGGUCAGGCCUCCAGGACACCACAGUCAACGCAGUUUGGCCAGCGGCUUCUGCGUGUUCAACAACGUGGCCAUCGCUGCCCUCUACGCCAAGAAACACUUCAAUGUCCGAAGGGUGCUCAUUGUGGACUGGGACAUUCACCAUGGACAAGGCCUGCAGUAUUGCUUUGAGGAGGAUUCUGAAGUACUGUAUUUCUCCUGGCACCGCUAUGAGCACCAGCGCUUCUGGCCCAACCUCCGCGAGUCCGACUUUGACGCCGUGGGCAAGGGGAAGGGAGCAGGCUUCAAUAUCAACCUGCCUUGGAACAAGGUGGGAAUGGGCAAUAGCGAUUACCUUUCGGUUUUCUUCCACGUGCUUCUGCCCAUUGCCUAUGAGUUCAACCCUGAAUUGGUCCUGGUGUCAGCUGGGUUUGACUCUGCCAUCGGAGAUCCAGAAGGUCACAUGUGUGCCACCCCAGAUAUCUUUGGACACCUCACCCAUCUGUUGAUGUCUUUGGCUAGUGGGCGACUCUGUGCCAUUUUGGAGGGAGGGUACAACCUGACAUCUCUUGCCCAGUCAGUGUGUCAGACGGUGCAGACUUUGCUGGGCGACCCUCCCUCCCGUAUUUCAGGACUGAGCAGCCCGUGUCAGAGCGCUCUGGAGUCCAUUCACUGUGUCCGUGGUGCUCACCAGCAGUACUGGACUUGUCUCAAAUAUGCGGAUGUCGGCCCACAGCUUGAAGCCAGUACCAAGUGCCCCAGGCUGGAGGGGGUUAUUGGAGAGGCUGAUGAGGAGGGCACGCAAGCAGAGGAGGCUCAGAAGGAGGGAGAAAUCAAAGAGAUUGCGUGGCCAGAGCCCCCGUCCCGGAUGGCACCACCAGUCCGCACUGGAGUAGUGCUCCCCACUGGUCUGGAGGACCAUGUCCCAGCUAGCUGCCUGCGUGUGACCACAAUUCCACUGACAUCCACCGAGGCAGCCAAAGGACUAAGUGAUCCAGCUGAUCCAAAGCUGAAGGAUGAUAAGGUUCUGCAGUCCCUCGGAGGUGUGUCGUCCCUCCUGGAAAAGAUUGAAAAAAAGGAGGUGCGCAAUGGCCUCGCUGUGGUUCCGGACCUCUCCCUAGCGGUGGCCUUUGGUGUCCAGCAAGCCCUGACCUCCUUCACAGACAGGGUGCUGCUGGUGUUCCUGGGCAGCAAUCCACCGAUUGAGCUACAGGAAGAUGGUCGGGUGAUGCUGAUACAGUUCUGCUGCACAGAGCAGCUGGAAACCAAGUCUAAAUUCUACAUUCCUGUUUGCCUGAAGAAGCAGAGCCCCAGUGAUGUGCCAGGGUUCCUAUAUGCUGUGCUGACCCUUCUCCUGCCCCUCGCGUAUGGCUAUGACCCUGGUAUGAUCCUGGCAGCCACCAGAGAGCGUGAUGGAGUUGGGUUAGCAGCCUGGGCCCAGCUCAUUGGCCUGCUGCAGGGUCUCGCCCAAGGCCACACACUGGCCCUCCUGCUGCAGGGUGCUGAGGAGGUGACUGUGAAGGCCACGGCUGCCUCUCUGCUGGGGGAGCCGACACCCACUCUGGGUCCCCUCGGUGUCCCCCUCCUGGAGAACGUCAAAGCCGUGGAGAAACAGAGGCAGAGGCUGCAGGCCCACUGGGGACUGCUGAAGGCUGCAGAUGAGGACCACCUACGGGCCACCUGUGGACACACUGAGGAUGAAUACUCUGGUGUGUUGCCAUAAGGACCUUGUCUCUAUUCGCACAGCACCUGGAAGAGAUGAGAGUUCAUAAAACUGAUGGUGUCUGCAGGGUUCCACAGCCAGGGGGGGCACUCCUUAUCCAGCACCAAAAUAAAAUGUUUUUAAAUUGC